CUGGCACGGGAAUGGCGCAUGCUCGAGCUUCGUAUAAGUGCUGUGCUCCUCUUCUAUUCUCCUCUUGCAAACCCUAGGACGGCAGUUCGUAUCAGGGGUAUUAGGUAGAUUUUUUUAGGGUUUAGGGUUACCGCACUCAACAAUGGCUCCUGCUAAAGCUGACCCUGCUAAAAAGUCUGAUGCGAAGGCCCAAGCCUUGAAGGCUGCCAAAGCUGUGAAAUCUGGUUCAUCAACCUUUAAGAAGAAGGCCAAGAAGAUAAGAACAACAGUCACCUUCCAUCGACCAAGGACGUUGAAGAAGGAUAGGAACCCCAAGUACCCUCGCAUUAGUGCAACCCCAAGGAACAAACUUGAUCAGUACCAAAUCCUAAAAUAUCCACUCACCACUGAAUCAGCAAUGAAGAAGAUUGAAGAUAACAACACCUUGGUUUUCAUUGUUGAUAUCCGUGCUGACAAGAAGAAGAUCAAGGAUGCAGUCAAGAAGAUGUAUGACAUCCAGACCAAGAAAGUGAAUACCUUGAUUAGGCCUGAUGGGACGAAGAAAGCCUAUGUGAGGUUGACACCAGACUAUGAUGCUUUGGACGUGGCAAACAAGAUUGGGAUAAUCUAAGAUAGUAGUCAACCUUUCAUAUUCCAGUUGUAUGAUUUUAUUUGAAGUAUUUUCGUUAAAAUUUCCAACAUUUUGGCUGAGAAUUUUGUACUGAGAUUUGGUUUCACUCAGCUUUUUAGUUAAGAACUGGGCUGCCGUGGAUUCCACUUCUUUCAAUGUCGUAGGCUUGGAUUGGAUUUUGAGUUCUGGUUUUAUGAUUGUAUCUCGACCUUGUUACAUUGUUAACAUGCACACUGUUGGGGGUUUUAUGCUCCUUGUGUCAGCCUUCUGUUGAUGAA